AAUGCAGCCAGCCUCCUCAGGAAGUUUAGGAGGGCAGUAAGAUAAUGCAGCUACCUCUCGGCUGAUAUUUGAACCCUGCUUUCCACACGGUCAAGCCUUCUGGAGGCAGGCAGCCUAUGGCUUGUAUCAAACUCUAUAUUUAGGAAGAACAACUGUGAGCUAUGACAGGAAUUCUCUUUAACACUUUAGCCUUAAACCGAGUUCUCCUCUAGCCCCAAGCCGGGGCAUCUCUCAGUACGGGAGAGGCACAGAGCACUCCAGCAAUUUCAGCCACAUGAAAAGCACUGGAAUUGAGAUCCCAGCUCAGAGGACACCGGGAGUUCCUUCUGCCUGGUAAAGAGUUUUGUGUUUUCGCACCUGGCUGCCCGGGACUGUCCUCAGGCAGUAAACAAAUCCAGAGAGCAGGAAUAAGACCUCGUGAGUAUGUCGAAACAGCCAAUUUCCAAUGUCAGAGCCAUCCAGGCAAAUAUCAAUAUUCCGAUGGGAGCCCUUCGUCCAGGAGCUGGGCAGCCUCCCAGAAGGAAAGAGAAUACUCCUGAAAAGGAGGAGGAGGCUCCUUCCACCUCACAGGAAGAGAAGAAUCCAAUUCCUGGAGCUAAGAAACUCCCAGGACCUGUUGUCAACCUGUCGGAGAUCCAAAAUGUUAAAAGUGAACUUAAAUAUGUCCCCAAAACUGAACAGUAGUUCAAAGGGGGAAAAGGGUUGACAUGAAGAAUUGAAGGAGGAAAUGACAAUGGAUUAAAAUAAACAUGACUCCUUAAAGAUUUUUAUAUAUUUGUAUGAUGAUUAUGUACCUCCUGAAUGCCUAAGACUUUAGUAAAAAUAUCCUGUUUGUACAUUUAUAUUUCUUCCUUCCGGUUGGUUGCAGUUCUCACUUUAACUACAUUUUUUUUGGCACCUUGCAGAGAAAAUCAGCACAUGAAUUUACCAACUGGGGAGUGUGGUUUUGAGGAGAAAUAUGAUUUUUAUGGAGGGGGGGUUUAUGGCAAUGUGCAUGCAGUGAUUUUGAUGUUAAGUUCUUUAAGUUACUCCCAGAGUCUCAUGGUCAAUAUUGGAGAUGUCUUUUAGUUUGUCACCUUUUCAAUGAUCUCCAUUAACUUUUUAUGAAUUCAAAUAAAUAUUUGAGUAA